UUUAUACUAUCAUGCCUCCUGCUUUUCAACCUCCUUAUGCUGUACCAGUGCCUGGUGCAGUCAAAAAAGAAGGUGAAUCUGUACCUUACCGUCACUUUAAGUUUGCCGACAAGUUGAUUGAUCAUCCUGAAAAUGUGUUUACCUGCUGGGAUAUGUAUCUUCAUGGUAACAAGCUGGGUGGAAACAGACCUUUUAUGGGCACUCGUCGUAUGGAAAAUGGAGUUGCUAAAGAAUACGUUUGGCAAACACAUACUGAAGUCCGUGAACGUAUUGAAAACUACGGUAAAGGUUUGAUUCAACUUGGUUUGGGUAGACAAAAAGCCGUGGGUGUCUAUUCUGUAAACCGACCUGAAUGGACAAUGACAGAAUUAGCUUGUUAUCGACAAGCAUUCACUAUUGUCGCGCUCUAUGAUACCUUGGGUGCCGAAGCCAUGGAAUACAUUGUAAACCAAACAGACAUGGAAUACAUUGUUUUGAGCGCCGACAAGUUGGAUAACAUCAUCAAGCUUAAAUCCCAGCUUGCUUCUAUUAAAACAGCCAUUGUCAUGAACGAUACAAUCGAUACUGACAAGAAACAAGCUGCUGAAGCUGCUGGUAUUCAAGUCUACACAUUUAAGGAAGUAGAAGCAUUAGGUGCUCCUAUCAAAGAAGAAACAGAAUUACCUACACCUCAAGAUAUUGCCACUAUCUGUUAUACUAGUGGUACUACAGGUGUACCUAAAGGUGUUGUGUUGACACAAGCUGCUAGUGUGGCUGCUAUCUCUGCUAUUUCUGCUGUAGGUGAUAAAGGCACAUUUGCUUUGAUUACACCUGAUGAUAUCUAUAUUUCCUACCUUCCUCUUGCUCACGUAUUCGAACGUGCUGCUCAAGGUAUUCACAUCCUUAAGGGUGCUGCUCUCGGUUAUUAUCAGGGUGACACAUUGAAAUUAUUGGACGACAUUGCUGAAUUAAAACCUACUGUUUUCUGCUCCGUUCCUCGUCUUUUCAACCGUAUUUAUGAUAAAGUUCUUGCAGGUGUCAAGGCUAAAGGCGGUAUUUCUGCCUAUCUUUUCCAAACAGCUUUCAAUGCUAAAAAGGCCCAAUUGAACAAGACGGUUCAUCACUGGCUUUGGGAUCGUGUGGUGUUUGCGACAAUCCGACAAAAACUCGGUGGUCGUCUUCGAUUUAUUCUGAGUGGUUCUGCUCCUGUGUCUCCUGAUGUCAUUGAUUUUAUGCGUAUCUGUUUCUCUGCUAAAGUCUAUGAAGGAUAUGGACAAACAGAAAACUUCUGUGCUGGUUGUUUGACCAUUACCGAUGAUAAUACAUCAGGUGUAGUAGGUGCACCUUUCCCUUGUUCUGAAAUCAAGUUGGUCGAUGUGCCUGAUAUGGAUUAUCUAUCCACAGACAAACCUCAUCCUCGCGGUGAGAUCUGUAUUCGUGGUCAUGCUGUGAUGCGUGAAUACUACAAGUCGCCUGAAAAGACAGCAGAAACUAUUGAUCAAGACGGUUGGUUACAUACAGGUGAUAUUGGUAUGUUUGAUGCUGCCAAUCGUCUAGUCAUUAUUGAUCGUUUAAAGAACAUUUUCAAGUUAUCUCAGGGUGAAUACAUUGCUCCUGAAAAGAUUGAAGGUGUUUAUCAAAAGCAUGAGUUGGUGGCUCAAGCUUACGUUUAUGGUGAUUCCAUGCAAGCCUCUUUGGUAGGUGUGAUUGUACCUGACAAGGAAUCCUUCAAGGCUUGGACACAAGAACAAUUCAGUAGUGUCAGCAAUCCUUACGAAGACGACCAAGUCAAGAAAGAAUAUCUCAAGACAUUGACAGCCUUUGGUAAACAAAACGAUCUUAAGGGCUUUGAACAGAUCAGAGCUGUUUAUUUGACACCCAAGGAAUUCAACAUUGACAAUGAUCUAUUGACACCUACUUUCAAAUUGAAGCGUGAAACGGCUAAAAAGACAUUCCAGUCUCAGAUCGAUGCCAUGUACGCUACUUUAUCUAACGGAAGAGCAUUUAAUUAAAACUAUUUAUAAUAAUAAACUAUUUUUG